ACUUUCAACAACAGAAUCACUAAUAUAAAACCAUGUCUUUGUUCCUUAACAUAACAUAAUAUUGAUAGUGUUACUUUCGAGAUGGAGAAAAAUAGGAUGUGUUUGACAUUUUUGCUUAUGAUAACUGCAUUGUUGUUCUGCAUGGCUAAGGUAUCAUUUGCUGAUUCUAGUGUCCACAAUCAAGACCAAAUUACUGAUUUUGAGGUGGUAAAAGGACCCAAUAGAAGGCUUUUGUUAUUUGUUGACUGUAGAUCAAUGUGCAGUGUGAGGUGCAGUAUGCAUUCAAGGAAAAACGUUUGCAUGAGAGCUUGUGGAACAUGUUGUUUAAGAUGCAAGUGUGUUCCUCCAGGUACUUAUGGUAACAGAGAAUUGUGUGGAACGUGUUACACUGGUAUGACCACUCAUGGAAACAAGCCUAAGUGCCCUUAAUUCAACCGGGACUGGGUUUCCCUGCGGUCAGUGAUUCAUGCAUUAAGAAUAUUAGUGGCGUUUUGAUCAAGAUUAGCUUCUAUGCAUUAUAAGUAUUUGUAUUAGUUUGUGUACUUUUUGCGAUUUAUAGGUAUUAUCCUUAAUGACUUAGAUAUGUCUUUUAUGAGUUUAUGGAUUAUGUGAGAUAGUAAUGUAUUUUAUGAUGUAUUUGUGAUAAUUUUAUUUUGAUAACAAAUUAAAUUAUUUUAGAUUUUCUGAAA